CGUAAAUUAAGAGCUGAACUGAACUGAAUUUCAACGGAAGAGAACAGACCCUAAAAGCCACCUAAAACCUACUCAAAUGCUGGCACUAAACACGCUCUAAAUUUAAAAUUUAAGUUUUGACCAAAACCACCAUAUUACUUUUUUUUAAAAAAAACAACAAAAUAACCCUAUUGAUCAAAAUUUUAAACACCUGACUUGACUACUUGACACCUCUAUUCAAACAUCAAACUUACCAACCGGAGCCAUUAACAGUAGAACUAGAACACCUUGUCAAGAAGAGAGGAACAAUGAUAUGAAAGUAUGAUCCUUCUUUAGUCUCUACCCUCUUAGAUUUUGAUUUUCAUACCAAACUCACAGAGAUAAACUCGGAAUGAAGAUAACAUGUACACCUUCUGCUGCUUCUUCUUCUUCCUUCUUUCAUGGCGGUAAAGGUAAUUAUGCCCUUCUUCCUCUUCUUUCUUUCUGCUAUUCAUCUUUUCAAUUUCAUUCCCGAUGUUUUUCCUCUUUUCAAACUUUUUCUGCUACUGAAAACCGUCAUUUGAUUAUCAAUUCUGCUAAACAUCACUGCAAAUUAGGGUUUUCCGAUCUUAAAUUUCCACUCUCUCUCUUCCAUCAAUUGACUUCUUUACGUCCUCUUCCUUCUCUCAUCGUUUUCACUCAGCUUUUCACUGCCAUUUCCAAAUUGAAACACCUUUAUCCUCAUUCCACCAUUAUUUCUCUUUCCAGGCACAUUGAAUUACUGGGUAUUCCACCUGAUUUGCAUUCGUUGAAUAUUCUUCCCAAUUGCUACUGUCAUUUAGGCCGCGUCGAUUUCGGGUUUUCUCUCAUGGCUAAAUCCCUUAAACUUGGUUUUCCCCCUAAUCAUUAUACCUUUUGCACUUUAAUUAAUGGUUAUAUCAUUAAUGAUAAGCUACCUCAAGCUGCUCAAUUGUUGAAUAAGAUUGUUAAGCUUGGGUUUCAACCCAAUAUUGUUACCUAUGGUGCUAUUUUCAAAGGACUCUGUAGAAUCGGCGACAAUGACAGUGCUCUCACUUUGUUUAACAAAAUGCGUUCUGCUGCUCAUUGUAAGCCUGACCUUGUCAUAUAUAGUACUAUCAUCGAUAGUCUCUGUAAGGACAGUUUAUUACAACAAGCUAUGAACCUCUUCUCCAGUAUGAAAACCGAGGGCAUUCAACCUGAUGUUGUCACUUAUACCUCCUUGAUUCGAGGCUUCUACAAUUCUGGAUGCCGGGUAGAGGCUAAGGGUUUGUUGACUAAGAUGUUAGAGAGCAACAUAGCACCAGAUGUUAAGACCUAUAGCAUGCUGGUUGACAUGUUCUGUAAAGAUGGGCAUGUUGUGGAAGCAGAAGCCAUACUGCAGCGCAUGACUGACAAAGGUGUAUCGCCAGACAUCAUUACUUACAAUGCUUUACUUGAUGGCUAUUGUUUGCGUGGUCAGAUGGAAGAUGCUGAGAAGGUACUUGAUAGCAUGGCCCAAAAUGGUUGUGAGCUUGAUCUUGUAAGUUUGAAUACUAUGAUCAAUGGAUAUGUCAAACUCAAAAACAUUGACAAAGCUCUUACUGUAUUAGAAAACAUGUUUCAGAAAGAGAUAACACCAAAUGUUGUUAGCUAUAGCACUCUUAUUGAUGACUUGUCUAAAGCCAAUAGAUUUACACUUGCACACCAGUUUUUCACCGAUAUGCAAGCUCACGGAAUUACUCCUAAUGUUGUUACAUAUAGUUCAUUGCUUGAUGGCCUAUGUAAAAGGGAACAACUUGAUGAGGCAAUUGCAUUACUUGAAGAUAUGGAUGAUAAAGGUAUUAAGCCUAAUACUGUCACUUACAAUAUCCUAAUUAACAGCUUGUGUGAGGCCGGGAAAUUAAGAGAUGCAGCAAAAAUCUUCUCUGAUCUUGUGUCAAAGGGCCUGCAACCGGAUUGUAAAACAUACACUACCAUGAUUAAAGGCUUCUGCAAGAAAGGGCUCAUGAGUGAAGCUGCUCAGUUGUUAAGCAAAAUGGAGGAAGAUGGUAGCUUUUCCAAUGGUUGUACUUAUAAUACAAUCAUCCGGGGAUAUAUUUACAAUAAUGACUUGUCAAAUGCAUUAUACUAUCGCGACAUUAUGGUGAGCAAAGGAUUUGAAGCUGAUGCUGAAACUUUUUCGUUGUUUGUUAGCCUUUUGCCUUCUGGUAACUUAAAUGACUCAUCAAAGGACCUGCUCCAAAAACUUACAACUUAACUUAAGGCUAGCUGUUCUUCUUUAGGUAUCUUAUUUAUCUUUCUAUCACAUAAUAUUGUGACAAGCAGUUAUAGUCCAAUUUUCUUAUUAUUUCUCAAGUUACUUUAUACAUAAGAAUCUAUUAGAUAUUAGAGUUAUGUUUGAAUGUGUUUUUAUAUUUGUAUUUCUUAUACUUAUUGAAGUUGCAUUAUGACUAGCAAAAGAAGUGGAUUUUCAACGUAAAUAAAGAGGGUAUGGGCCUAUGGCGGUAUGCAAGUAACUGGGAUGACCACCAUUGAUUUUCUUCUCUGUGUUUCAGCCUUCAGUCUGUAACCCACCCAUAUUGACAGUUGGGUCCAUUUUAUGUUCUUAUGUGUGCUUGAACUGCAGAGACUGUCAAAUAUAAUGUCUUGGGUCGUAUUGACUGAUAAAACUUGUAGAAAGCAUGUACAUUGAAUCAUUGAUGACAAACACAGAACAUAUUGUCACUCUAUCUGAAAAACUAGAAAUCCUGAUUCGAGUAAAUGAAGAUGCAGUGGCUGAGCAUCAUAAGAUUGUUGAAUUUACCAGUCUUUGGAACACAAUAUCCACAAAUUAAUUAGAUUGUAUAUGCACAUUAUUCUGAUGUGUCUAUUGUCCCAUUAUGCUCCUCUCUUUUGAAAAGUGUUAAGAGGCCUUGGAGCAAUACCCACUCUAAAUUCUUAGUAUAGCAUUUCCUCCCUUCCAAUGCUGACUUUCAGUAGAUUUGUCAGCCAAGAGAAGAGUUGAUUGCUGGAAUAUUUGAGGUUGCUGGAUAUGCCAUGGUAUUGAUGCUCACUUAUAUUGUAUGAUCUAUUUUUGGGUUUCGUUUUUUUUACUCUUGGCUUGCAUUCUCUAGCUCAUCAGUUUUCUUAUACCAUGUAUUUCCUUGUGGUGGAUAUCUGAGAAAACUUGAAUUGUUUGAACAUAACAUCAAUAGAGUUUUAUAUGACUGUGGGAUAUGAGUUAGGAGUUUUAUGAUUAAGGGAUAUGAGAAAGUAUCUGCCAGUCUAGAAGGAUAGAUGGGGUUUUUAGAUGUUGGAAUUUCAGUCGUUACUGCACUUAAAAUUUCGGUCAUUAACUGCACUUGAAAUUUCAGGAAAAAAGGGUAAAGUAUCAGAUUGCAGGGUAAUUUGGAAGAUGUCAUCAAAACAAAGAGAUGGUAGCUAUUUCUUGACUUUAAGCCCACGUCCAAACUCCAAACCUAUGGGAGACUUUAGCAGUAGGUGAAGUUACAAAUUUCCCAUAAACUUAUUUAUUUAUAUUUUGGAUUUGUGGGUACCAUUUUUUUAGUUUUCGAAUUUAAGAAUUGAUGCUUGGUUGAAUACUACUCUUGUAUCUUUUGGUUAAUUUAUGCUCUGCUUUCCAAUUUAUGUUUCUGUUUCUGUUUUCUAUGUUCAUUAAAGCCUGAUGUGAGCUUGUUGACUCAUCUUUUGUUUUGGAAGUUUUAUUUGCGUGGUAAUUUUUUUUUUAUAGAAAAAAGAAGAUAGCAUCUACUAUAGGAGCAUUGAGUAUCUGCCUAUCUCACCCUUUUUUAUUUUUGGACAGUAGACUUAAACUACAGGAUAAGUGAGUAACAGAUGAUAGGAUGCGAUAGUUAUUUUAAUUUUGGUCUUCUGCAGUUGGAAAUCUGAUAAUAUAGAUUGAGAACAUCAAGUUUCAGAGACUUUUUAAAUUGAUACAGAUCAAAUCUAUUGCCGGGCUGUCCAUAAGUUGUCAUCUUUCUGUCGUUCUGUUGCAUAAGUGGGUAUUUUGUAGUACUUAAUGGACAUGUAUUUUUCCUAACUCUAUUUUGUAUCAUGCUUCAUGCUCAUUCCCCUCUGUCAAUGGAUGACCUGCUAAAUAAGUUCAUGAAAUGACUUGAAAAAAAGAUGACGUUAACCAUGGUUUAUUUUUGGAUCUGAAUUCUGCUUUCAAUGUAUCGACUGUUGUCAUGAAUCUCCUUAUUUGUGAUUUGAAAUUCCUGAAAUGAUAUUGCAGUCCACAGAUGACUAAUACUCUGGCUUGCAAUGCUGUUGCUUUAUUUAUUGUUAAUUUUGAACUCCUGUCCAUGAAGUUUUGGUACUUGGCAGAUUGCAUUUUAUUUUGUGACUUGUAUAUCUGGUCCAAGCUCCCUAGGUUAUUUGUUUUGUCAUUCUAUUAUGUUGGAUGAAUUUUUUGGUGAGUGCUUGUGUAUGUUUUUGUACCAAAUGCUUCGUAUUAAUGUGAUUUUUCAUAACCCUUUCAAAAAAAAAAAUGUGAUUUUUCAUAACAAGUGCCUGUAAAACUUAGUUCACAGGCUGGUUGUUGACUUGUUUCGCUAUACAUCAACCUCUAUAGCUCUAUCAAACAAAAGGAAUCUGAAGAGAAAACAUGCAUAACCCAUUCACCAUCAUAUAUAAGUGGGAAACCUGUUCAUUCAAACUCUUCUUCCCUUAAACUUCUAUCUUAAAUUUGUACUGUAUUUUUUACUUGCUAGUUGCUAUAGUAUAACGAUAUAUAAGAAUGGUAACUAACCCUUGAGAUGUAGUAUCACAAUGUUACUCUAAUACUCCGCAUUAGAAGCGAAAUAAUCUUUGAUUUGACUUGUUUUCUCUUUUUUUUUACCCCCUUACUCAACCAUUAUAUCUAGGAGGAAGCUUGGGGAAGAGAGAUUUUAAAGUUCACGGUUGUUUUUUUUUUUUUUGGUUCUUUUCGAUCUUCCUGUAAUAGUACCUAGUGCGUGUAGGUUGUUAAGUGUUCUUGUUUUAGUUAGUAUUAGGUUGUAAUUCUGUCUUUCUUUAAUAGUAUAUUUUGUCAAAAAAAAAAAAAAAAGUUCACGAUUGUGAAAUUUGUGAUGAUGCUGAAUCCCUUGAAGAUAACGCCUCAUUGCCAGCGGAGUGUCUUUCCAUUCCUUGUUGCAACCAUCACAACCAUCAUCUUCCACUAGUAAAAAACCAAAAACCCUAUCUUUCGAAAGAGAUCGAAAGUCCUUUUCUUUCAAGGGCGAUAUUAUUUGAACACAAAAAAAAAAAAAAAAAAAAAAAAAAAAAAAAAAAAAAAAAA